AAUUAGAACAGUAAAAGACCCAAACACCCCCUUUUUCCUCUCUCUCUCUGUCUCGAUCUCUCCGCUCGUCUAAAAUUCUCUGCCACCGUAAAUCAAAAUUUUCCCAAAAACAGAUUCCCCUCUCUCUCUUCUGAUAUAUUUCCGGAUCUUCUCUCCUUCUCUUCCUUCUUCUCCUGGUUUUCUUUUUUUCCACCAUCGAGAAGAAGACCUCUCCUACGAAUUCCAGGUAAAGCGAAGAAGAAAAGAUAGAAGAAAGACUACCGAAAAAAUGAGUACGGGAGAGCUUCUCAGCAUCGAACCUCUAGAGCUCAAAUUUCCUUUUGAAUUGAAGAAGCAGAUCUCAUGUUCGCUUCAGUUAUCCAACAAAACCGAUAGCUAUGUGGCUUUCAAGGUGACGAUUUCUUCGUCCUUUCUCCCAGCGACUUUUUUCCUCUCUCUCCUUCUGGUGUUCUGUUGUCACAAUUUGGAAUUAUUCCAUUCCCGUUUGCGGCGGGAUCGAGUUCUUGUCGUUUUCGUGAUGUGGUACUUCUGUUUGGCUGCUUAGGAUGGGGAAUGGAGUUUCUGAAUCAUCUUUCUCUUUUGAGUUGUUUGUACUUUUUCUGUUUGUGUUUGUUUCUGCGGCAAUUCGAGUCCGAUCGCGGGAGCAGCUCGAAAUCUCAUGCUCGAUUAUGGCUUCAAUUUCAAGUGCAGAAUGUCAAAACAACGAAUCCGAAGAAGUACUGCGUUCGGCCGAAUGCAGGGGUCGUCUUGCCUCGCUCAACAUGUGAUAUUAUAGUUACAAUGCAAGCGCAAAAGGAGGCUCCUGCUGACAUGCAGUGCAAGGACAAGUUUUUGCUACAGAGCGUAAAAGCUCCCGAUGGUUCUGCUGUAAAGGAUAUCACUGCUGAGAUGUUCAACAAGGAGGCAGGACACCAGGUUGAGGAAACCAAGUUGAGAGUUGUCUAUGUAGCUCCACCUCAACCGCCUUCUCCUGUUCCCGAAGGUUCAGAGGAAGGGUCUUCACCACGCGGUUCUGUCUCUGACAAUAGUCAUGUAAACGGUGCUGAGUUUGCUGCUGCUUCAAAAGCAUUUGUCCAGCGGUUUGAUACGGAAGACAAGUCUCCUGAGGCUAAAGCCCUUAUUUCAAAGCUGACCGAGGAAAAGAACAAUGCCAUGCAGCAGAACAACAAGCUUCGUCAGGAAUUAGUAAGUCAAAUCAUUUAUUAUUCUUUUUUAUGGUAUUUAUUUAUCAGUUCGCAUAAAGAAUUGAUUCAUGUUUCAAGUGUCAAGAUGCUUUAUGUUCACAUUUCUAUCAUGGUGAAAUGCAUCGAGAGUUAUCUCUUUUCCCUAUGCAUUUGUCAAGUGCCAUUCUAUUAAGGUAAUAACUAGUAAGAGAAAGGGGAAGUCACAAAAAUGUAAAUACUCAAUGGUUUCUUCUCUCUGGAUUGAAGGCACAACCCUGUUAGGUCAGAUAUGGUUUGCACCAUAGAAUUAACUAAUGGCUUGUGCCUUUGUCGGGUAUAGUUAUGAAUGUUUAAAUACCACCACGGGGGUGGGCUUUGCAUGUUUGGUUAUUUUUGCUAAGAUUUAAGCCUGAGAACAGGGUCAGUCGAAGGCCAUGAAUAUAUAUAUGUCAGUUGCUUAGAAACAUCAAAGUAAAUUGGUUGUACUGGAUGAAAAAUUGUUCUGCUUCAUUGUUCUUAGAAAAGGUUGCCUGUUUACCCGUGUUCUCAAAGGUAUCAAGAUUUAUGUCUUGGAAUUCGUCUUACGCCAGAGGGUAUUUUCUGAUUGCAGGAACUGAUCAGGCGGGAGGGAAGCAGAAACCGUGGUGGAGUGUCAUUUAUGUUCGUCGUGUUUGUGGGAUUACUGGGGAUGUUAUUGGGAUACCUCUUGAAGAAGACGUAAAGAGGCAGCAACAGCUCAUCCAUCCUCCCUGAACAUAAAAUCAUGUUUUGAACAUCAUCAUUCCCCCCUUAUAUUGCAUUCAAAGAAUGAUGAAGGGAUAACCGAAGCAAGGGAAAGACUCCAAUGAACAGGGUUCAUUUUUUAGUUAAACUGGAUCUGUUAUUAGCCAAAAGAAUCCUUUUUGUGUUUUUCUUAGGUCAGGCUAUUUGGUGGUUGCCGUUCUUCAGAUUGACAUGCAUUUGUUCUUGUAACUUAAAAAGAGUUUUUUUUUUCUUUUAAAAUCUUUUUGGAGAUUCUAUAUUAGACACUCACUAUUGUGGUAAUGUUGAUACUUAAAGGCCUUGAAUAAUCUUUACACAUUCGUCUCAAGUCAUCGGGGAUAUUCUCAGUAUUUUCCUUUACCAGCUUUAAGUGGUAGUUUAG